AUGAGCGAGGAAGUCGAAGUUCGAUUUGGACUACAACUCAUUCAAAUUGCAGAUUUGGAUGAGAAAAACCAAGUUUUAAUUACAAAUCAAUGGCAAAUAUAUGAAUGGGAAGAUGAAUCGUUGACAUGGGAUCCUGAAGACUAUGAUGGUUUAAUCGACAUUCGACUGCCUGUGAAAAGCAUUUGGACCCCGGAUGUUGCUCUAUAUAACUAUGCCGAUACUCGGCUUGAAGAAAAACGUGAAGUAUUAGCUGUUGUUUAUUUUAAUGGUACAGUUUUCUGGAAGCCAAUGUCCAUUUUUAAAAGUACAUGUCAAAUUGAUAUUCGACGAUUUCCAUACGAUCGUCAAAAUUGUUCAAUGAAAUUUGGUUCAUGGACGUAUGAUCUAUCAAAAGUAAAUUUGACAUUUUAUAAAGGUCUAGAAAUGUUUAAUUUGGAUAAUUACGUUAAAUCAAACGAAUGGACAGUAAUUGGUAAUCAUGCUGGACGAUAUGUUGAUGGUUAUUCAUGUUGUCCAGAAAAAUAUGUUGAUUUAAAAUUUUUUCUACAUUUGGAACGGCGUGGUGGAUUUUAUAAUUAUAUUUUAAUAUUACCAUGUGUACUUCUAUCGUGUUUAACAAUGAUAUUGUUUUGGCUUCCUCCUGAGAGUCCAUCAAAAUUGGUUUUGGGUAUGAACAUCUUUACAUCAUUCUUUGUGUUAUUGCUUUUAUUGUAUAAAAAUAUGCCAUCCAAUGCAGAGCACAUACCCAGAAUAGGUGCUUAUUAUUGUUUGAAUAUGGGAAUGAUUGCCACAUCAACAUUUUUGUGUACUAUCGUUGUACACAUUUACUUUCGAGGUGAUGGACCAAUGCCAAGUUUACUGAGAAAGAUUUUUCUUGAAUGGUUGGCACGAUUUUUUCGUAUGGUACCUCAUACCAAUUCUUAUCAGCAACACGCUGUCAACGGCAUGUUAUCAAUAAAAGCUACAUGCGAUGGUGAUAAAUUUGAAAAAUUCGAAUUACUAAAAGAACGUUUUAAAUCGUUUCGUGAAAAGCGAGCUGCUGCAGCCGUUAACAAUCACCAUUGUACUACUACGGGUAGUAGUGGUGGAAGAGAUUGUGGAGCGUUUGAAAAUGAUAUUGAAAAUCAUCAUAUAUCGCAACAUCAUCCAUUUCAACAAACAUUUCCUCAAACAGCGGCCGCUCUUUCGGCUUUAACCAACAAGCAAGAAUCUAUUACAGAAUUAAAUAUCACAUUUAUUACGGUUGAAACCGAUUUGAAAGAAAUCCGUGAUUAUUUACGUACGACAAGAAAACGAAUGGAAGACAAAGAAGCAAAAGCGAAACUUGUCAAUGAUUGGAGACAAGUAGCAUUGGUUCUCGAUCGAACAUUUUUCUUUAUUUAUCUAAUUGCUAUUAUCAUUUCAUUAGCUGUUAUGUUUCCAAGAUAG